AUGGCGUCGACGAGAACUCCGUUGAUCGAGGUCAAUUUUCUCGAUGACUACAACAUCAACUUCGUCCUCAGCAACACGGACGUGAGCAUAGCCAAUGCCCUUCGCAAAGCCAUCAUCUCCGAAGUUCCAACCAUCGCCAUAGACUUAGUGGAGAUAGAAGAGAAUUCUUCGGUGCUGGCCGACGAGUUCAUCGCCCAUCGCCUGGGGUUGAUCCCCCUGGUGUCGACGAGAGCGAUGCACGCGGAUGGCCCCGUGCCUUUCAGAGAUGUUGAAGGCAACAUAACAUCCUUCCUUUGGCAUCAUGAGGCAUCAGACGACAAAGAUUGCGAAAUAAAGUUUGAGCUCGAGGUCAGGAACACCGAAGACAACCCGAUGGAGGUGAGAUUGAUCCUCAUCCGCCUCUUGGAGGUUCUGAGACACGGCGGAGGAGUGAAGCCCGUUGAGUAUGACCCCGAGUAUCCUGUUGUGAUCGCGAAGCUGAAGCGAAAUCAAGCCAUCAAGCUUACAGCAAUUGCAAAGAAGGGGGUCGGUAAGAUGCACAGCAAGUGGUCGCCUGCCAGUGGCGUCUACUUCACCUACGAGCCAGUUGUCACCAUCAACUACGAGAGGAUGGAGGGACUAUCAGCCCAGCAGCGCAAGACUUGGGUAGAAGCAUGUCCGCCGGGGAUCUUGAGGUUCAACGAGAUGACAGGACAGGUGGAAGUUGAGGAUGAAAUCAACAAUGGUAUCGCCUUCAGCGGAGAGUGCGAGAAAGUCGCCAAGGAGUUGUUCGGUUAUGACUUCUACGACUUGAUCGUCAUCAAGCCCAAGAGCGGCUCCGAUGGAUACCCCGACAGGUUCAACUUCUUCGUGGAGACUAACGGAGCGCUGGACCCGGUGACGCUUGUGCGAGCGGCGAUAUGGGAGUUGGUCCGCAAGGUUCAGAAUAUCGAAGAGUCUCUAAGAACAGGAGAGAUGUAG